AUGGAUUUUCUUAAGUCGUUUUGUAAUCCAUAUAUUAAAAUACCGAAUAGAGAAUAUAUUCGAACACACUCUAAGACACUCCUUCCUUUAACAGCACCGUGGAGAAAUAAUACCGGCGUUUUUAUACAAGAUCGCGAAUUAGUGAUACAAUUAACUGUAAAACGAAUAAUAGAAAUGCUACAUCAACAAAACAUAGUUGUACCUACAAAACUGGAAUAUCGGGAGAAAACGGGGCAUGACGGUGCCAGAAAUAUGGCCAUGUACAAAUCAGUAAAUACACCGAUGGAAAGCGCCAAUAUUUUUAGUAAGAUGUGUGUUCCACUAUCUCUAACAGAUUCAUCAUCAGGUGAAGUGUUAUGGAAGAAUGAGUCGCCAAAUAGCUCACAUUGGUGCCGUCCAUUGGCAUUAAUCGCUGAAAAAGAGUCGGCUGAAUUGUUGUAUUUAGUUAACAAAGUAUUUGAACCUGCAGAAAAGUAUUUACAGAAGAACGGAAUGGAAUUUGAAUAUAAUAGUAUUAAAUAUGAAUUAAACAUAGCUAUCGAAAGUAGUAUGAAAGAUCUUAAAGUGCGCACUCUAGAGACAGGUUUAGGAGGAGCUGGCUGUCUUUUAUGUGCUACAAAAUCUCAUGAAUGGAAAGAUAGUAACAAAAUAAACAAAAUUGAUUAUUUUGCAAUAAGUCGCACUGCUGAAAAAACUAUGAAACUAUAUAGUCGUAUGUUGAAUGGGGACGAUGAAAUCGUCAGAAAGAAAAAUGACUACGAUAACCGACAAGGGCUAACGAGUAAACCUUUAUCGAUUAGUGAUCAACAUUACAUCAUUAUCACUCAUCAAUACAUAAACGGUACUCAAUGGUUUUUGAAAAUUAUAUAUCAUCUACGUGCCCAUAUUUUAUCAUGGUCAGAGCGUGGUGAGACUGUCAAGAACAGAGUUAAAAAGGCGCGAGAAAUUGUUGUAAACGAGAUCCAAGCAAGUACCGAUCUAAGCCUCGAUCAAUGUGAUUCUUCUGGUAAUUCUGGAACCAGCACGACUGGUGGUCAGGGACGAAAGUUUUUCUCGUAUGAACUACGAAACUCGAUCAUUAAAGCAGUCCCUAAAGCACAACAAAAUAAUUUUAAAAGAUUAAUUUAG